GUCAGUAGGCAUGUAUAAUAAGUAUUAAUAACUGUGUUCACUUUGUGGUCUAUCUUCUCCGUUUUACCACCACCACCCUCUCCCGUUUUUCACUCCACAACAUUGGCCUUCUGAUUGAAAUACAGGCGCCGGACAAUGCCUCCGCAACAGAAACAAUUGAAGAAUAUCGCAAAACGGUCAAUCUAAGGGAUAUCGAACAGCUCGCUCUCAGUUUCAAGCACAUAUUGAAGAUCGAUAACCUUCGAGGGAUGGAAGGAAUAGUAAAGCUGCAGCUGGAUAACAACAUGAUUGAGAAGAUCAAUAACCUUAGUCAUCUGGAAAAUCUGACAUGGCUAGAUCUUUCCUUCAAUAAGAUUGCAAAGAUCGAGGGGCUGAACGAACUCACAAAGCUCGUGGACCUUUCCCUCUUCAACAACAACAUCGACGUCCUCGAAAAUCUCGACACGCUCUCAAAGCUCACUGUGCUGUCCUUGGGGAACAACAACCUCAAGAACCUGGAGAAUGUCAUGUACCUCCGACAUUUCAAGAAUCUAAGGAUGGUUAAUCUGAAUGGGAAUCCUUUCUGCAAGGACCCGGAGUACAAGUACUACGUCAUUGCCCACCUCAAAGACCUGCAAUACCUGGACUAUCGCCUCGUUGACAAAGAUACACUCCUUGCGGCACGGGAGCAAUAUCAAGAUGAGCUGUUGGAGUUGGAAGAAAGAGACGAAGCUGAAGAGGCCAGACAAAAAGCCCAAGCAGAAUUAAAGGCUCGACUUGAGCUGUACGAGCAUCUCUCCCGUCAUGCUGAUGCUCUCUGCCCCGCUGCUGCCGAGGUCGUCGCCGGCGCCGUGAUCGUCGCUACCGCCAUCACUGCUGUUGUUGUUGUUAUCGUCGUUGUUACUGUUGUUGUUGUUGUUAUCGUCAUUGUUACUGUUGUUGUUGUUGUUACUGUUGUCAUGGCCAUCCCUGCCACCAUCAUCGUCGUUGCCGCCCUCGCCAUUGUUGUUGUCAGCCCCGAAUCCCACCGCCUCCACGUGCAGCAUCUCUCCCAACUUGCUGACGAUGAUCAGAUAUGCGCGGGCACCGUUCUCCAUCCCGCUGCUGCCGUGGUCAUCACUUCCGUUGUAGGUGUUGUUGUUGUCGUUUUUGUUGUUGAUGUUGAUGUUGUCGUCAUUGUUGUUGUUGCUGUAACCGUUGUUGUUGUCGUUGUUGUUGUUGUUGUAGUCGUUGUUGUUGUUGAUGUUGUUGUUGUGCUCGUAGCACCGAAGCAAUGCCAUAAGGCGUCGGCAAAGGACAUACUAGGUCCGCGUGUGUAGCUGAAAGGACAAGAGGAAUAAGGCGUCGGCAAAGGACAUACUAGGUCCGCGUGUGUAGCUGAAAGGACAAGAGGCUAAGGAGAAACAUAACGGUUUUGAUUUCGAGA